CCUGGGCCACAGUCCAGGCGAGGACACUGCCCCGGGAGCGGAGUGGGCUGUCCCACUCGGGGACACUCGCCGUGGGCAGGGCCGCCCCUCGCUGCGCCCCAGUCCCUGGGAGCCAAGGCGCCCCCGCCCGAGGAAGGCCGCGCCAGGAGACACCAUGCCCCAGAACGUGAUCCUCCCGGGCCCCGCGCCCUGGGGCUUCAGACUCUCUGGGGGCAUAGACUUCAACCAGCCUUUGGUCAUCACCAGGAUUACUCCAGGAAGCAAGGCGGCAGCUGCCAACCUGUGUCCUGGAGAUGUCAUCCUGGCUAUCGAUGGCUUUGGUACAGAGUCCAUGACUCAUGCUGAUGCACAGGACAGGAUUAAAGCAGCAGCACACCAACUGUGUCUCAAAAUUGACAGGGCAGACACUCGCUUGUGGUCUCCACAGGUAACUGAAGAUGGGAAGGCUCAUCCUUUCAAAAUCAACUUAGAAUCAGAACCACAGGAUGUGAACUACUUUGAACACAAGCACAAUAUUCGGCCCAAACCUUUCAUAAUCCCAGGCCGAAGCAGUGGAUGCAGUACUCCGUCCGGUAUUGACGGUGGCAGUGGACGUAGCACCCCUUCUUCUGUCAGUACUCUUAGUACUAUUUGCCCAGGUGACUUGAAAGUUGCUGCUAAGAUGGCCCCUAACAUUCCUUUGGAAAUGGAACUUCCUGGUGUGAAGAUUGUACAUGCACAGUUUAAUACACCUAUGCAGUUGUACUCAGAUGACAAUAUUAUGGAAACACUUCAGGGUCAGGUUUCAACAGCUCUAGGGGAAGCACCCUCAAUGAGUGAACCUGUUGCCUCGGUGCCCCCCCAGUCAGACGUGUACCGGAUGCUCCAUGACAAUCGGGAUGAACCCACUCAGCCUCGCCAGUCAGGCUCCUUCAGAGUGCUCCAGGAACUCGUUAAUGAUGAUGACCGUCCUGCUGGAACUCGGAGUGUGAGAGCUCCAGUUACAAAAGUCCACGGUGGUGCUGGCAGCACACAAAAGAUGCCGUUCUGUGACAAAUGUGGGAGUGGCAUUGUGGGUGCCGUUGUGAAGGCCCGGGAUAAGUACCGGCAUCCCGAGUGCUUCGUGUGUGCUGAUUGCAACCUCAACCUCAAACAAAAGGGCUACUUCUUCGUGGAGGGGGAGCUGUACUGCGAAACGCAUGCGCGAGCCCGCACGAGGCCCCCAGAGGGCUACGACACAGUCACCCUUUAUCCCCGGGCUUAAGUCUUAUGCAGACGGGAGCACCCCCUCACUCACCCACGCACGCUGCACGGGACGACGUUAAUGGCUUUGCGCAAAAGUAUAGCAAACUGUUGGCUCCAAAUCUAGACUUUUAGACGUUUAUCUUAUUGUGUUCAGAGGUAAAAGGAAUGGAAAGCAAAUGCCUGCAGUCACAGGAACAUACAUUCAGCUAUUUUUGCAAUUUUUUUCUCUUUGGGGCUAGCAAUAACUUAAUGACAUUUAAAGCGAUAAUUUUUUUUGUAUGUCAUACUCCACAAUUUACAUUUAUAUUACGACCAUCAAACACCAGAACAUCGAGAUAUUUGGGGGAGUCUAAUUGUUUUUCCUUAACAAGUUGAUUUUGCAAUUGUAGUAAAUACCAAAUGACAAUCUCGUAUUCUAACACAACCUGCAGUCUUUUUUAACUGUUAUAGUGCAUGGCAGGGAGAAAUACCCUGGAUUUCUCUAGUUUCAUACUCAAACAAUUAUACCACUAGAUGCAACAUACGUAAUAAAUACAUAAAGCGUUUUUAAAAUACCUGAUGAAGUGGCACUCAA